AUUACCCUACUUUCUUUUAUCUAUGCUUCCUUACAAAUUAGAAAUGACUUCUAUUUUGCUUGCAUUGAUCCUUUCAUUACUCUAAUGUUUUGGAUCAGUUGAUUAUGAAAUUGUUUCUCAUAGCAAUGGCUUCUGAUUUUCUGCUUCACUCCCUUUUUUCUUUUUCUUUUUUUUUUUUGUUUUCUUUAUUAUAACAGGAUCCCAAACGCAAGGUCCAUAAACCUGUGAAAGGUGUUUUAAGACUGGAAAUUGAGAAGCACCAGACAUUUAAUGCGGAGCUGGAAAAUAUUUCAGAAAGUGCCAGCAUGACCAAUGAAUCUAUGGACCUAGGGGAUCAAGUUACUGAUGCAAUGUUCAUUAACAGCCCCAACAAUGGUUCUGAUGGGCCUCAGAGUAGCAAUUCCAAGUGGAAUCCUAAUGAUGAGAAAAAUGCAUCUGGAAAUGGAAACACUCAUGGAAAUCCGGAUCUCAAUGUUGGUGAUGUAAGCAGAAUGCCUUUCUUGCGUUUGCAUUUUCAUUUUGUAUUUUUGUUGCAUUUCAGUUGCUUAUUUGCAUGGCUGAUAGGAAACAACCAGGGAAUUUUUCUUGUGUUCUGUAAAUAUGGUUUGCCUAUUUCUUUAUUCAAUUUUGAAUGGAUAAAUGCCUCAAUUGGCUUGGAGCAAAUUUAUCUAUCUAGCAUUGUGAUGCUGACUAUAACCUUAGCACCAUGGAAUAUGCAAAGGUAUGGGAGCUUAAAUGGACUUCAACUGCUCAACCUUUCCAAUAACAUCCUCGUUGGUCCAAAUCCAGCAGCCUUGGGAAAUCUCAAAAAUCUUGAAGCUCUAGACCUUUCUCAAAAAAAGCUUGUAGGAAGCAUUCCCACGCAGCUGACCUCAUUUGAUGGGAAUUUAGGUUUGAGUGGAUUACCACUGUCAAGGAAAUGUGACAAUUCAAAGGCCUCGCCUCCACCAUUUUCCAACUCUAAAGGAAAUGAAGAUUCUGGAUUACUAGCUGAAUGAAUUUGGCUAGAAAGCAGCGGCGUUGGGUUGUGUUGUGGAUGUGGAUUCCUUGUUGGUGUGGUGAUUGGAAACAUUGUUUUUGCAAGAACAUGUGAGUGACUGAUGAGGACUUACCGAAUUAGGAUGUCAAGGAGGAAAAUGGUGAGGAGGAUCCGUUGAAGACGAAUGUUUAUCUGUUGGUGAUAGCCUUUGGCUAUGUAUUCUUUUGCUUACAUUUCUUUGUUUUUUCUUGUUUUUAUUUUGUGUGUGCGAACUGUUGUACUUUAAAGCUGCAUCAAUAAAUUGCACUUGAACUU